CGGUUAAAAGGCACAUGACUUCCGAGAUAAACAAGCCAAAGUGUAGCCGCAGUGCAGCUGAUAAGAUACUGUCUGAUCAGCUGAUGUACGCAAGAACGAGCACAGUACAGAGGUUGAUCAUCUUAGUUUGUAGCCAUGAAGUACAAGAAACUUGAGGAAGAACAUGAUGACCAUGAGAAGAAGCUAUCAACUCGGUUCACUCUCCGGGACCGGCUUGAGAUUUUUGUUUUGUUACUGACUGUCGGCGGGGGAUUUAUCGUCAUCCUGCAUUUCACCUCGCCCCCAUUCCUCCACUCACACUUCACUAACUCCACCUGGUGGACAGACACUGCAUUUGGCUGGACCAAACCACAUACCUCCACAUUUGACCAGUUUACCCAGACUGACUUGGACAUGACCUUUGAUGAUAUCCGUGAGAAUGAAGGCGAUUCAUUAGAAUCUAACCCAUACCAUGUUCAGUCGCUAGUUCAAAAUGAGAGAAAUAUUCUGUUUGUGAAGAAAACCGAUCCUCAUUUGAAGGUCAGUGGACAGCAUGGUGGAAUUGAAGUUAAAAAGAUUGUUGCCGAUAUUCAGAGAGAUGUGGACACAAUUCUUGACUCUAAAUUUAUGAAGACUAUUGAAGAGGAUGCCUCUUCGUCCACAAAACAAUGUGAUGUUCUACCUGAAAAUGAGAGAUUUGACUGUCAUCCCGAAAAGUUGGCCACAGCGGUGUCCUGCACUGCCCGAGGGUGUUGCUGGGGACAAGCUGAUGGCAAGCAUGGAAACAAUUCUUCAUCAGGUUUCAAAAUGAGCGUUCCCUACUGUUAUUAUCCCAAAAACUAUGAUGGGUACAAGGUCAUCGAUCAACACUUGGAAUCACCUUCAGAGAUGAAGGUAUCGCUGAAGAGAACAACUUCCACGUACUACCCAAGAGAUGUGUCGGAACUGAGCAUGGAGAUUAGCUAUGAAACCCCUUAUAGGCUGCGUAUCAAGAUAAGUGAUCCUGCAGAGGCUAGAUGGGAGGUACCGAUGUCGAGACCGAAGUCAGUGCCUAGAGAGAACACCGACAAUAACAUGUACAGCGUUCAGGUUGCUGGAAAGAACCAACCGUUCCACCUGACCGUCACGAGGAAGAGUAGUAACACGCCACUGAUGAACACCACCGGAGCGUUCAUGUUCACUGACCAGUUUCUCCAGCUGUCCUACUUCCUGCCAUCGACAUACAUCUACGGGCUCGGUGAACAUCGUGACACCCUGAUGCACAGCGUCAACUGGACCAGCUUUGUCUUCUGGAACAAAGACCAGCCUCCAGCUGAGAACACUAACCUGUACGGAUCCCACCCCUUCUACCUGGUGAUGGAGAAUGAUUCCAGCAGCCAUGGAGUCCUGCUGCUCAACAGCAAUGCUAUGGAGGCAAUUCUACAACCUAGCCCAGCCAUCACAUGGAGAACUAUCGGAGGAAUUCUGGACUUCUACAUCUUCCUCGGUCCGACACCUGCGGACGUUGUCAGCCAGUACACAGAGGUGAUUGGUCGGACAUUCAUGCCUCCAUACUGGAGUCUGGGAUUCCAUCAGUGCCGAUGGGGGUACACCACUGCUCAGAAAACCCUGGACAUCGCGAAUAAACUCACCAAGGCUGGAAUGCCUCAGGAUGUGCAGUGGAACGACAUUGACUACGCAGAUGGCAAGCGAGACUUCACAACAUCACCAAAGUUUGGGGACCAAAAGGGUUUGAUAGACACGCUGCACUCCCAGGGCAAACACUACAUCAUGAUAGUGGAUCCUGGGAUAAGCAACUCCCAGAAGCCAGGCAGCUACCUUCCCUAUGACCUGGGGCUCUCCAUGAACAUCUACAUCAACAACACCGACGACAAACCACUUGUAGGGAAGGUGUGGCCUGGUUCGACAGUGUUCCCCGACUUCACCAACCCCCUGUCUGUGGAGUACUGGACCACUGUGGUGAAGACUUUCCAGGAUUCCGUCAAGUUUGAUGGCAUGUGGAUUGAUAUGAAUGAGAUCAGCAACUUUGUAACUGGAUCUACCACAGGCUGUUCACUGACAGACAGAUAUGAACAUCCCCCUUACCUGCCUGGAGUGAAAGGCGGUUCACUGAGGUUCACUACCAUCUGUGCUUCAGCCAAGCAGUAUCUGUCCCGCACCUAUAAUGUCCACAACCUUUACGGCCUGGGGGAAACCUACGCUUCAUACCAAGCUCUCCUGGCAGCUAGGCCUGGAAAGAGGCCAUUUAUAAUAUCCCGAUCUACCUUCCCUAGUCAGGGUCACUUUGGCGGUCACUGGACCGGAGACAAUGAUGCCACAUACUACGACAUGUACAAGUCCAUCUCGGAUAUCCUGAGUUUUAACAUGUUCGGAAUACCCAUGGUGGGUUCAGACAUUUGUGGGUUCAGACAUGCUACAAAUGAGGCGCUGUGUCAGCGCUGGUACCAGCUGGGAGCUUUCUACCCUUUCUCCAGGAGUCACAAUGAUCAGCACCAGCCGGACCAAGACCCGACUGCCUUCAGUGAGUCCAUGCUGGACUCGACACGGAGUGUGUACCGGAUCCGGUACUCCCUCCUGCCAUACCUCUACACGCUGUUCUUCAAGAGUCACACCAUGGGGGAUACUGUAGCCAGGCCAGUCUUUAUGGAAUUCCCAGAGGACAAGUUUUCGUACACUGUUGACAAACAGUUCAUGUGGGGGCCAGCUCUCAUGAUCUCCCCAGCGCUGGAACAGAAUAUGACCCGUGUGCCUGCAUAUUUCCCUCGCUCCACUUGGUUCUACUUCUCCAAUGGGCGUCGGAUGACCGACACUGGUGGCACCUUCUACCUCCCUGCACCCAUGAACUUCAUCAACCUCAACUUCAGGGGUGGCUACAUCAUCCCCAUGCAGGAGCCAGCGCUCACGACAACACAGAGUCGAAAAAAUAAUUUCUGGUUGGUAGUAGCAAUGCCUCGCAGCCCCCUGUUUGCCAAGGGUGAGCUGUACUGGGAUGAUGGAGAUUCUGUGGACGCCUAUGAGAAGGGGCAGUACAAUUUGAUCCAGUUCUUUGCAAGAAAUAACACGCUGAAGUCUAACAUCGUCAAAGCCGGCUACACAGCGGAGCCCAUGAUCCUGGGUAAUGUCACUGUGCUGGGGGUCACAUCCCCACCCAAGGUCAUCACCGUCAACGGAAUACGUACUCAGUUUACAUAUUCCAGCUUCCAAGAGUUGAUAUACGUGACGGAGUUCCGAGCCAAGAUGCUAGUUCCUUUUACGAUGACCUGGACGUUCUAAGGAAGAAAGUUUGAAAAUUAUGGCACAUAGAUAUAUGAAUAGGAAUCUAUUGGUUACGGGGACAUGCUAUUAGCAUGAUGAAGAGGAACCCCCGGCAUGUAUAAAUAAAUAAAUCAUUCAGUUUACUGGGAUAUCUCACAAUGAUGCUGAAUGUUAAUUUUGUUUGCUAUGUACACAGUCUUUAUUGGGUUGUCAUACUGUCUUCUAUGUGGACCACUUUAUGCUCCCAGAAUGUGUGUGAUUGAGGUAAUAGGAAUAAGAAUAAUAACUGCAUCCAUGCACAGAAGCAUAGAGCUACAGAAGUAUUACCGGUAGUCUAUUCAAUGGAUCAGUGUGCACUCAAAGUACAUUCUCAGCUCCCUUGGGAGUAUAAGUUAACAAUUAUGGGUCAGAAAGUAGGAAGGUUAUAAGAAUAUUUCUUUCAAUAUAUGGUAGGCUCAUAAAUCUGUUUAAAUUUUUUUUUAUUGUCACUAAUUUUAAUGAGUUUUCUUGACAACAAGUUCACGACAAAUGUGAUAAAAAGUAUCAGAAUUGCAAGUGAUGGGUCUUUCAUGUCACUGGAAAACAUAUCAUCAAUUUAUAUAAUGGUGGAUAUAUUUGUUCUGACAUGGGAGAGUGUCAUUUUCAAAGAAAUUAUUUAUUUAUUUCCGUUCAUCAUUGUUCAUACAGUUGUUAUUGUUUAUAACAACACAACAAGAUAGGAACUGACUACCAGGAGCCUUACAGAUUUGAAAGGAAAUCUGAUCUCUCAAAAGUCAAUGGUGCAUUCUCUUAAAACAGGGGGGACUGUUGUUACCAUGUGAACAUGUGCUCUUCUUUAUGCCCUGAUAGAUGUAAUACUAGAUGUAGCGACCUCAUGGCAUUAACUAUCACACCAAAACAUGUUACACAAAUAAUGUGGUUCUUAGCACACAGUGUCAAGAUAUUUUCUGAUGCAUGUGUCUUGUGGAAUGAUAAUGUAAUUCUUAGUGAUAAAAUCAGCAUUUUCAUGUUCUACAGUAAUAUGUUUAUAAGUUAUAUCAUAUCAUGUAUUUUCUGUGCAUUGACAAACAUAAUGCAAACCACAAGAUGAUAGUAUUUUUGACAGUUAUCACUGCAAAAUGUCAAAGCCAAUACUUCCUUUAGUUGGGCGGCAUGGAUGGCUCAGUUGUCUAAACUACUGUGCAGAGUUGUGUCCCUUGUGAGUUUCAAUCCAGGUUCGCCCCAAUUCUGUUUCUAGGUUUUGUCAGCACCAUGCUCAUUCUUGUUGGUCUCACUAAAGUUGUAAAUGUCUGAGUCCUGUAUCACUUUGUGGCUUGACACUGACACGCCGUGAUAUAACUGGAAUAUUGUUCAUAGCAGCAUAUAAACCAACUCACUCAGUCACUUACCACAGUACUAGUCCAGUUUUACAUGUGUUCACAUCAUGAUAUAAUAAGACAAGAUUACACGACUAGGACCUGUCCUGCCAACUUUCAGCUGCUUAAGGAGGUGACAGAAUUAAUCGUAUUGCCUAAGGAUAUGAAAUAUUUUACUAAAAUAAGUACUGCUUGGUAUGUUAAGCGUUAUUUAAUAUUGUUUUGUUGUUUUUUUAGUUUAUCACAAAUGAAUUUAUUUUCUGUGAUAAAAUAUUCUUCCAUAGAGACAUGUCAAAUGACUAAAUGAGGUAUAUAAUGCGUGAAUGUUUAUCUUGUGUGGCCAUGGAGACUGCCAGGAUGGUGGACUCUUCCCCCUUAGUCAACAGUGGUCAGGGGAAUAGUAUGUGUGAAAAAUAGAAUAGAUACAUUAUUGAGAAGUUUGAGAGUUAAAAACUGGACCAGGUGUAUAGUUUUAGAGGACUUUGACAUCCAUUUUUUAUGAUUUUGUUUAUGAUCUUGCAUAAAUUCAGAUUUCAAAAUUGUAUCAAAAAGUCUUGAUAUUAAUGCAUUGGUAAAUAAGAAAAUUACAUCUGUUAACAGUAACUGUAUUUUGUUGAGUUUCAUCAAUCAGUGCAAUGGGCCAAAUGUGUUUUACAAGAAGGCUAAAUUGUAUAUAUGUGUGUUUCUGUUUUUGGUACUUGUUUAUUGUUUGAUAUGUAAACUGCAACUGAGCAUAAAGUUUUAACCAGAUAUGUGGUUUUGAAUUACCUUGUGAUACCUAUAAAGAAUAUGUGUGAAAGUUGCUCAGUUGGCACAUUUCAGUGGUAAUUGAUCUUGUUGGAUAAAAAUAAAAAAUAUAUUUUACAUAAA